UUUACCGUGUCUACGGUACCAUCUCAUGCGUUGUUGUCGCUGGGAUUUUUCCUGGGCUUCGAAGGAAUUCUGGAAAAUCGCGACCAUUGGGUAUUCUUGAAAAGAGGACGGAAAUCUGUGUUAAAAAGAGUUGUCUUUAGUUUAGUGUUUUUUUGAGUGAAGGACUGUGCGCUGUGAUGAGUUAUUGAACAGUUAAUUGGAUACGCAGGAAUAUUUAACGAUUUGUGCUGCUGAUCCCCUCCCCCCGAAUUAAAGCUGACAUGGACUCGGAAUCGACCAGAUAAGAUAAACUGGACCUUCGACCCCAAACGAAGAUGAAGACAUCCUACCGAGUACAAUUCACUAAUCGUAUCUAACAUUUAGAAGCAUUGCUUGUUCCGCAUCGGUAGUACGUUUCGAUAAGAUGUUCAAGUUAAGUUCCUCCACCAUUUUCUACGUGCUCUUAGUGUGGAUAUUGGGCAGCUGUUAUGGCUUCGUUCUGCUUUCUUCUGCUGCCGGUCAAAACGGAGACGUGAAGCUGUUUGUACCCGGUGAAGAGACUGUGUACAAUCUGCACUCCACUGUGGUGCUGAACGAGAAGGAUGAAGAGUCUAAGAAUGUUGGAUACAUCGUGGCAGGGAAGGUUUCUGUUAAGGUGGUUUGGGGCAAAGAGAAUCAGAAGAUAUUGAAGAUACAGCUCGAUGAACCAAAACUCCACAUCAAGUCGAGAAAAGCACCAUCUCCAGAUGGUUUCGUGUUCCACACCUCCAGACUCCAAGAGUUCACCAACAAACCAUUCUACGUACACUGGAACAACGGAAAGAUAACAAAGAUUCUAGUCAACGCCAAAGAACCAGCAUCUCUAGUGAAUCUGAAGAAAGGAACUGCAAGCUUGUUCCAGUUUCAACUUUUGGACGGCAGCUACCAAGAAACCGACGCUUCUGGGACCUGCACGGCUGAGUACACCUCCAAAGAACUACGGAAGAUAGCAAAAACCAAGAAAGACUGCAUCUCUCCCGAUCUGCCCUAUGUCAGAAACCCCGAGCUCUCCCUCGACACCAUCGUCAACUCCUCGAGACACGUGGAUUAUGAAUUGGACCCAACCUACCAAUAUUUCCAAACCAUACGAUCUCAAGAGACACAUGUGAUGUCGGUGUCCACCGAUCGAGAAUUCGGAAACCAGGUUCACUCUGAGGUGUUCUUGGAAUUCGUGAAGAAUUCACAAGGUGAAGUUUCCGUCCUUCAAGGAAAAACAGCUCAUGAUGUGCUGGCAAGUUUGAUUUCAUCCGAGAAUCUCAGCGAAGAGAGCCUGAAAACCGACAAAGAGGCAAGUCAAAACGAAGACACCAGGAGUUUUUCAGAAGCUGUGAACGAGUUGAGAGACCAGUUGGCUGCCGACCUCAUAGGAACCGCUGGAACUGCCAGGACCUUCUUGAAGCUGGUGUCCAUCGCUAGAAACGCGCCCAAGAAGGAAAUCGAGAAGACGUUGAAUUCUAAGAAGAAUAAACUCAUAAUACCACAACUAAUGGAUAUAUUGGGAUCCUCCAAAACCACAGCUAGCUACGAAGCUGUAAUGAACUAUUUGGACUUCACCAAAGAAGAACAGCUGGAUGAAAACGAAAGGUACCUAUGGGGUUUAUCGUUGGGAUCUGACCCAAACCCUGACGUUCUAGAGAAACUCUUCGUUAAAUACAAGAAGAGCGAGAACAUACCUACUAAGCUGAAUAAAACUCUUCUCCUAACCAUUGCCAGCAUAAGUCGUAAACUGAAAGUAAACCCUAAAAAUCUUGAAGAUAAGACAUCUCAAAAGUUCGAAAAGCUCGUCUUAGAAAAACUAAGAGCAGCCAAAGACGAAGAAAGCUAUCCAUACCUCAGAGCCCUGAAGAAUCUCCAAUCCCCAAGUACCAUCCCAGAUCUCCUAAAGAAAAUCAGACAAGGCUCAACGAAAGAAGGAGCUCUAGCGUGGAAAGCCCUCAUAUCUUUCGACAAGAAGCACUGGACCCCAGAAGUCCAGAAAGCAGCCAGAAAGACCUUCUUACAACUCGACAGGAAACAUGACUCAAGCUCCAGAUCCAUAGCUUCAGAAAUCCUCCUAGAAUCGAAACCAACCGACUCCACUCUAAAGGAAAUCAUCAACCAUCUUGCUUCCAACGACACUGCCUACGAGAUCAAGCAAUACGCUCUCCAGAAGAUCAGGAUGUUGUCCGAGGACGAUCCAGAGCUGAAGAGAAGGGUGUUGGAAACCAUCAAGGCCGAUAGGAAGAUCAACAACUACUCCGUGUUGAAUCCCAGAGGGUUAUCGACGGCUAUCAAGAGGUAUUUCGUGAAGAACCAAUCUGGAAAUGGUAGCUUGAUUUCUCUACAAGAGAUCAACAAUGCUAUUGUGAAGAGAGGAGUUGUGAACAUCGUUUGGGAGAAAGAUGGUCGAGCCAGCGAACUGUUCAGCUUGGGUAUCUUCACAUCUGGUUUGGCCAGUUUCCGGUCUAGCAAAACUGAAGAAACCGAUGACGAACCCGAGUCUACCACAGCAGGAAUGGAGCUAGCCGUUUUUGGUACCCAACUCAGACCUUUCGUCUUCUUCAGCAGUCAAGGUGAGCUAAUGGGUCACGUUUGGUCCGGUACAGCCUCUGAGAGGACAACAGCUUACCAGGCGUUGAUGAUGCUUCAAGAUCACCUGGAAUAUCUGAGAUUGGGAUCAGGAUUCAUAGUUGAGCUGGAUUUGAGAGGCGCUAUCUCGUUCGAUCUGGCCGGUAAAAUAGAAAUCUCCAUCUGGGGUAGGACGGCAGAUUCGGUUGUUGAGAAAAAUGCUGGUAUAUUCCUGACUGGUUCUAUGAAGAUUGAUACUGGUUUUGUGAGAUCCCAAGUAGAAUUCACGACAUCUCUGGAGCCACAACUGAAGCUGGAGUCAGAUAUUGAUUUCUCUGCCAACAUGCGAUGCUGUUUGAGAUUAAGCCAGGUUGACGUUCUAUUCAAGCACAAUAUAUACAAGAUUGAGAGGAUACCAGGUAGCAAACACAAGCUGAGGAUAGCAAAGAGUAGGAAGUUCCUCGUCCCUGGCAAAACCUAUAGUUUGAACAGGAAAAACAACGAAAUGUGCAGCGCUAUUCAUCAGUGACGUGGGAGCGAUGAGGACUUUUAAUUAAUCAAAUUGUGCUGUGUUUUUCUAUAGAUACUGUCGAUGGCCAAAAAUAAGCUCAAAUAGUUGUAUAUAAUGUAUCAUAAGAGAACAAUGUAUAGUAUAGAAUUCUCAUAAGUAUGUAAUUUAUUCGAA